AUGGCGGGGCUGGUACCUCCAGGUACAACGUUGUUAGGCAAUGAAGCAACAUCAGCAGCAGCCAAAAAGAUCAAUGAAGUACAGAAAAAAAUUGAUUACAUGGACCUUCCUUGUCCAAUUCCUUAUGAAGAACUCCAUCGUGAAGCACUCAUGUCUUUAAAGCCUGAGCAUUUUGAGGGGAUGCGUUUUGAUUUUACCAAAGGACUGAAUCAGAAAUUUUCACUCAGCCACAGUGUAAUGAUGGGACCAAUGGAAAUUCCUUCUCAAUCUUCAGAAGCCAUCAAAAUCCCAACUGCUCACUAUGAGUUUGGUGCUAACUUUAUAGACCAAAAGACAAUGCUUAUUGGGAGGGUUUUGACCGAUGGGAGACUAAAUGCAAGAGUGAAGUGUGAUUUGACUGAUGAUCUUGCUUUGAAGGCUAAUGCUCAGCUUACAAACGAGCCACACAUGUCUCAUGUCAUGCUGAACUUUGAUUACAAGGGUAAAGACUACAGGAGCCAGUUGCAACUAGGAAAUGGUGCCUUAUUCGGUGCCAGUUACAUUCAGAGUGUGACCCCUAGUUUGUCCUUGGGUGCUGAAGUGUUUUGGGCUGGUCAGCAUCGAAAGUCUGGUAUUGGAUAUGCUGGUCGGUAUGAGACAGACAAGAUGGUUGCCGCAGGGCAAGUUGCUAGCACUGGAUUGAUGGCUUUGAGUUAUGUGCAGAAGGUUUCCGAGAAGGUUUCACUAGCAACAGACUUCAUGUACAACUACUUCUCAAGAGAUGUGACAGCUAGUGUUGGCUAUGAUUAUGCCCUCAGACAAGCUCGUUUGAGAGGAAAGAUUGAUUCCAAUGGCUGCACAUCCGCUUUCUUGGAAGAACGCUUGAAUAUGGGUCUCAAUUUUAUUCUUUCUGCAGAGUUGGAUCAUAAGAAAAAGGAUUACAAAUUUGGAUUCGGGUUGACAGUGGGCUAA